AUGACUCUGUCCUGCCGGCCAUCCAAACCACGCUCCCAAUGCCCCCCCAAACCCCUUUCAGUGCGCAGGGGGCAGCUGUGGGGUGUUAUCAGCCGUGGGCGCAGCAAUGGCUCUGUCCUGCCGGCCAUCCAAACCACGCUCCCAAUGCCCCCCCAAACCCCUUUCAGUGCGCAGGGGGCAGCUGCGGGGUGUUAUCAGCCGUUGCGCAGGGGGCAGCUGUGGGGUGUUAUCAGCCGUGUGCGAAGCAACAAUCCUGUCCUGCCGGCCAUUGACGCGUGGAGGAUGGCGGGAGGGCUGCUGGACAAGGAGCUGCUGCUGUGGGCCAUUCGUCGCUGCCAGCCAUACGCUUACCGAGCAAAAGCAGCAGAGCUCUCUCAAUGGCUGAUCACCUCAUCAGGCUUUCCCCUCACCUACCUUGACUACCAACCCGCCCUCGCCUGUUGCUCCUUUCCCCGCUUUCCCCUCACCUACCUUGAUUACCAACUCGCCCUUGCCUGUGCUGCGCGGUGCAAUGCGGUGGGGACCGUUCGAGAGAUGUUCCUCUCCUUCCCUGAGGAGUUCUGCAAAGAAAAGGUGUAUGUUGGAGUGCUACACCAUUUUGCCAGGCGCGGGCGGACGCACAAGCUAGGGGAAGAACUGGAAUGGCUCCGUAAUCAAGGGGUACCCGCGGAAAAUGCCUCGUAUCGGUCGAAGCUUCAAGCGUUGCUAACCGAGCAGGAGAUUAUAACAAAAGGGGCUGCCUGGAAUGGAGCAGAUGUGACAGUAACGAGCGAGGGAGAGGGGGAAGGGGGAGGAGAUGAGGAGGAGGGAGGGGGAGGGGGAGGGGAGGAAGGGGAGGGGGGUUGGAAUGAUGCGGAUUGGUUUGAGGUUGGGGAGGGGAAGGAAAGUUCCAGGAAGGAGCGGUUGGAGAAAGUGCUGGGGGAUGUUGAUUUGUUGCUGCAAGAAAUGAAGGAGAAGGGAAUGAUGCCUGACGAAGUGGCCUACAACGUCGUUCUAGCCAGCCUCGCCAGGCUCGGGCAGAUCGAAAAAAUGGAGGCCUAUCUUGCGCGCAUGCGGGCAGACGGCGGGCAGCCCAGCGGCGUGACGUACAACAUCCUGAUUGGCGCAUACGCGCUCGCCGGGCAGUUUGAAAAAACGGACCUGUGUAUCGAGGCGAUGAAGGAAGCAGGAGAAAGGCUGAAUGUGAAGACCUAUUGGUCCCUGAUGGGGCGAUAUGCGAAACGAGGAGCGGUGGAGAGGUUUUCCAAAGUGUGUGAAGAGGUGAAGCAGGCCGGGUUGCCUCUUGACAGAAGCAUGUACCACUCUCGAAUCGAGAUUCACAGCCGAGCAGGAGACCUGGAGAAGGCAGAGCAGGCCUUCAACGAGAUGUGUGCGCUCAUGCCCCCCACCACGGCAUCAUUCAACGUGCUCCUAGCGGCUCUGAGUCAGGCAGGCAGGCCUGACAAGAUCCCAUCUGUACUGCAGUCGAUGCAGCGGUGGGGUCGACCGAAAGACCCCGGGACAUACGUGCGCCUCAUUACCGCGAAUCUGAAAGCUG